UUCUCUAAACCCUCCUGAUAGGCAAGCAGACUGGGAUUUGCCAAAAUCUUAACGCUGGAGAAAAAAAGUGGCGAUCUGUCGGUCACGGAAGUCUGGUUUAUUGCAGUAAGAACGUCUGCAGAGGAAAGUUCUCCAUGAAUGUAUGUCACAAUGAUGAUGACAGACCAGAUUCCACUGGACCUGCCACCCUUGCUGAAUGGGGAAGUGCCUCUGAUGCCUCACAUGGUUAAUGGAGAUGGGUCUCAACACGUCAUUUUUGUGCAAGUCAAUCCAGGAGAAACCUUUACAAUAAGGGCAGAAGAUGGCUCCUUACAGUGCAUCCAAGGGCCUGCAGAAGUUCCUAUGAUGUCUCCUAAUGGCUCCAUUCCACCAAUCCAUGUUCCUCCAGGGUACAUUUCACAGGUUCUAGAAGACAACACUGGGGUGCGAAGAGUGGUCGUGACACCCCAAUCUCCAGAGUGCUAUCCCCACAGCUAUCCCCCAGCAAUCUCUCCCACACAUCACAUACCUCCAUAUCUCACCCAUCAUCCCCAUUUCAUCCCCAACUCUCAUACUGCAUUUUAUCCACCAGUAACUGGGGACAUGCCGCCUCCUUUCUUCACACAGCACCAUCUCCCUCCCACAAUAUAUGGAGAGCAAGAAAUUAUACCACUGUAUGGCAUGUCAAGCUAUAUCAGUCGAGAGGAGCAAUACAGCAAACCACAGCACAAGAAAAUGAAAGAGAGGCAACUUGAAAGGCAGAACCGCAUUAACAGCCCACCAUCAAGCAUUUAUAAGAAUAUGAGCUCCUGUGCAGCAGUGUACAAUGGAUACAGCAAGAGCCACGCUGGAUCAGGGGGUGGAGGAGGGGGAAGUCCUGGCAUUAAAAAGAGUGAACGUCGAGCAAGGAGUAGCCCUAGAGCUAAUGAACAAGAAGUGCCAGAUCAUGACUCAGAAACGAAGAGAGUCCAGGACUUGCUAUCGGGAAUCGAGAGGCCACAGAUUUCUGAAAUCCAAGCCCGGACUGCCCGGCUAACCUGGACCCCACCAUCUGGACUUCAGAAUGGGGACAGACAUGCCAAUGGUCUGCCACACACAUUUAAGUAUGAGGUUGCAUUAUCAGACAAGGGUAAAGAUGGGAAGUACCGUACUAUUUACAGUGGAGAAGAGUUAGAAUGCAGUUUGAAGGACUUAAAGCCAGCAACAGAUUACCACAUAAGACUCAACGUUAUAUACAACUCCGUAAAGGUGUCUUGUUCAGAGCCAGUAAACUUUUCAACUCACAGCUGCAUCCCUGAGUGUCCUUUCCCACCCAAGCUGUCUCAUAGGACCAAAAGUUCCCUUACUUUACAGUGGAAGGCACCAGCAGACAAUGGUUCCAAAAUUUCUGGUUAUCUAUUAGAAUGGGAUGAGGGAAAACGAAAUAGUGUUUUCACGGAGUGCUAUUCUGGAAGCCAAAGGCAUCACAAAGUAGCUAAACUCUGCUCGGCCAGUGGCUACACGUUCCGACUAGCUGCACGAAAUGAUGUUGGCACCAGUGGCUACAGCCAAGAAAUCAUUUUUUACACAUGUGGAAAUAUCCCCCAGUCACCUCUUGCUCCAAGGUUGGUUCGCGCUGGCACUACUUGGAUCACCUUGCAGUGGAGCAGGCCAGAUGGCUGCACACCUGAAGAGAUCAUCACAUAUAAUCUAGAAAUACAGGAGGAGAACAAUGGUGGUGCUUUUAACUCAAGGUACACUGGUGAUGACUUGACAUGUACUGUACGAAACCUUAAGAGAAGCACACAGUAUAAAUUCAGGCUCAUUGCCUCCAAUGUGGAAGGGAGAAGCAAUCCCAGUGAAGUUCUCGUUUGCACCACCAGCCCAGACAGACCCGGACCCCCUUCUAGUCCUUGUAUCAAGGGCGCCAUCACGUCCCACAGCUUUUGUGUGAAGUGGGAUCCCCCACAAGACAAUGGUGGUUCGGAAAUCCUUACAUACCUUUUGGAAAUAUCAGAAGGGAACAGUGAUGCCAACCAGUGGGAAGUGGCGUACAGCGGAUCAGCAACAGAGUAUGUGUGUGACCACUUAAAACCAGGCACUUUGUAUCGACUACGAGCUUGCUGUAUCAGCACUGGAGGACACAGCCAGUGUUCUGAGAGCCUGCUUGUUCGCACAUUCAAUGUGGCACCAGGGCCAUGUCAACCACCCCAAGUUGUUGGAAAGCCCAAACACAAAGAAGUUCACUUGCAGUGGGAUAGUCCAUCCACAGUAGAUGGAUCUUGCGAUGUGACAACGUACUAUUUGGAAAUGAGUGAGACAGAUAAAGAAGCCUUAGUGGUGUACGACGGUCCCAAUUUAGAAUGUACAGUCAGCAGCCUCCUGCCCGGAACCACUUACAGUUUUAGAGUCAGGGCUGCCAACGAUGCAGGGCAUGGUCCGUAUUCUGAUGCAAUAGAAGUAACUACUGCAGCUGGGCCUCCUGGCCAGUGGAGGGCACCAUGUCUAACUCACCUGUCUGCAUCCUGUGUUCUUGCUAGCUGGGAGAGUCCGGACAAUUCAGGAGCCGACAUCGCAGAGUACAGACUGGAAUGGAGCAGAGACGAGGCGUCAUUAGAGCUAAUUUACCGCGGUACAGACACACAGUAUGAAAUUACAGGACUUGAUGCUGCAACACAUUAUUGCUGUCGAUUGCAGGCAGCUAACCAAGCAGGUGUUGGGCCCUACAGUGAAAUUGUAAGCUGCUGUAUGCCUGCCUCAGUGCCUGGUAUGGUGCCUGUGCUAUUUGUUGUAGAGGAUUAUCAUUCGGACGCGAUUCUUUUCUCCCCUUCAACGUGCCUUGCAUUAAAAUGGGAAGAGCCUUGCCAUAACGGCUCAGAAAUCACAUCUUACGUCAUUGAACUUGGAGACUGUCAAAUUACAGUUGAAAAUGUGACGAGCUAUGUAAUUGAGGGUCUACAGCCAGACCAUGAAUACAGCCUCAGGAUUCAGGCUGUGAAUGAAAUUGGAGCAGGACCCUUUAGUCAGGCUAUGGAUGUGAGGACCAGGCCUUUACCACCUUCCCCUCCUCGAUUGGAGUGUGCAGCUGUUGGACCCCAGAGCCUCAAACUGAAAUGGAGCGACAAUGGUAGCACAAGAGUGGUGGUCACUGAAGAAAUGGUUUACGUGCUUCAAAUUGAACAGAAGAGUAAAGGAUUUUGCACCAUUUAUAGAGGUCCAAGUCACACAUAUAAAGUUCAGAGACUGAUGGAGUCUACCAGCUUCAGCUUCAGAAUACAAGCAAUCAGCGAGGCAGGAGAAGGUCCGUUCUCAGAGGUCUACACAUUCACCACCACUAAGUCAGUUCCACCUGCCUUGAAAGCUCCUCGUGUGAACCAAAUGGAUGGCAACAUAUGUGAAGUCACAUGGGAGUCUGUUCCUCCAAUGAAAGGGGACCCAAUCAGCUAUACUCUACAGGUUUUGGUUGGGAGAGAUUCAGAGUACAAGCAGUUAUUCAAGGGAGAGGAAAACAGCUUCCAGAUCUCAGGCCUUCAGUGCAAUGUGGACUACCGGUUCCGUGUAUGCGUAUGCCGUCGAUGUGCAGACACAACGCAGGAGCUUACGGGCCCCUUCAGCCCCUCCAGCUUAUUCACACUUCAGCGAAAUGUGCUGGAGAUAACAGGAAACCUGACUGCUGCAGACCAUAGCAAAGCAAAAAGCCUAAUCUCUUCUGAUGAACAGUGUGCCGCACUCAUUGUGGCCGGCUUUGCAAGUCUCUCAAUUCUGAUUGCCUUUAUUUUACAAUACUUCUUUAUGAAGUAGACUUUUAUAUUGGAUGAAUAAGGUAUAUGUUUAACUAAUGCUACGCAUUAUAGUCCCUAUAUGUAUUUAGUUUUUUUUUUCUUGCUUUUUUUUUUUUUAAUUCCUAACUCUGAAUACUCCCCCCUUUUUUGUAUGAAAUUAGUUCAGCAGGAACCUUGCGUCUUUGCUGCACCUUAUUUGGGAAAGAAAAUUUUUAACAUAAUAUGCAAAAAAAUUAUUUAAAAUGUGUGUCAUUUUGUAUGUGUACACACACAC